AAAAAAAAAAUAAUAAUGAUAAUAAAACAUUAACGAUGGGGUUGCCGGAAGUCGCCGAUCAUUGCACACAGAACCGCCAAAUCCCGAAUAUCGUGCCACAUUUGUUGGCGAUUGUAAAUUGCAGAUCUAACCUGUAAGCUACGCUACCAGUUCACCACUUUCUCUCUUUCAAUCUCUCCAGCAAGCAAGCAUUUCCUCGUCCACCGCCAUUUCAAUUAGGGUCCAUCGGAGAUCAUCAGAAGGUUCUUGAACCAAGAUUGAAUUUCAAUUUUCUUUUCGGGAAACCACAAUUUAUUGGUAUUUCGCCAAAGCUUUCUGCUAAGUAGUUGUAAUUACGGUACUUAUUCUGGCUGGAUGUACAUCGAUGGUUCGUGUGAUCCAUUUUAUAUGCGAAAUGUGAAGAUUUAGGGUUCUGAAAAGUAGAUUUCUGUUCAGUUAGGUUUUUUCCUGAUCGGUGUUGAGUUCGAUUUUGCGCGACGAAGAUUUUUCUUUCUGGCUCGAAUGGCAAUUAUUGGAGACGCGCUUCGCCAGGCGUUCAUGCCGAAGCACGAGUAUGAGAAUCUUCGCGAAGAAGAAAAAGCUUGGGGCAAGAUUCAGAAACCGCUGGUAAUGGCUUUUGUGGUUUUGAUAGGGUUCGCAAUCAUUGUAUGCACUACCAUCAGUUUGAAAAUAGUCUUCCCCGGCGACAUUGGAAAUAGACCGUUCUGCAGUGACAGGAGGCUUCAGCCUCUCCCUAUGAACGGGAAAGGAGGCGAUUCUGAUCAUUUUGUUGGAGCUUUUUACCUUACCAAUCAAGAAAUCGUGGACUAUUUUUGGAUGCUCGUGUUCAUCCCCUCAGCAUUCGCAUUUCUUGCAUCGGUUGUCUAUCUUAUUGCAGGCAUAGCUGUUGCUUAUUCUGCUCCAACUAGACACGGUUGCUUGAAGGUAGUUGAGAAUAGCUACUGUGCAUCGAGGAGAGGUGGCGUUCGCUGUCUUACCAUCCUAAAUGUUAUUUUCGCCAUCAUAUUUGGCCUCUUGGCACUAUUUCUUGGUUCAAGUCUUCUCACCUUGGGUGGCAGCUGCUCUGUGCCCCUGUUUUGGUGCUAUGAGAUCUCAUCAUGGGGUCUAGUUAUUCUCUAUGGAGGAACUGCCUUUUUCUUAAGACGAAAAGCAGCUACAAUUCUCGGCGAGGGAGACCUCGGUGGAAGAAACCUCGGCCUGGAAAUGUUGGUAGCAAAUCCUUUGGAAAUCUCCCCGGAUGUCGAAAGGCGUGUCAAUGAAGGAUUCAAAGCUUGGAUGGGAUCUUCUCUCUUAUCCUCUGAUGAAGAAGAUGAACCCGAUAGCUACGAUGAAGUAGCAUCCCAUAUGAACCAUGCUAACUCAAACAGGCACAUUGUGUGAUAAAAUUUUCCUUCGAUACAGGAAAAAG